GAAAACAUUGAAGUUGAAAUAAACGAUAAAGAUUUGCGCGUUGACACAUAUCGUUCGACAGGUGCGGGCGGUCAGCACGUCAAUACGACCGAUUCAGCCGUUCGCAUUACGCAUUUACCGACGGGAAUUGUCGUAACCUGUCAAAAUCAGCGUUCGCAGAUUCAGAAUCGCGCCGUUGCGAUGCAAGUUUUGCGUUCCAAACUUUACGAACUGGAACUCGAAAAACGAAAAGCCGACACCGCUGAACUCGAAGCGAAUAAACAAGAUAUUUCGUUCGGCUCGCAGAUUCGCAACUACGUUCUUCAUCCGUAUCGUUUGGUCAAAGACACACGCACGAAGUUUGAAGUAACGGAUGUCGAAGCGGUUUUGGACGGCGAUAUUGACGAUUUUAUC